AUGGCUUCUCAACAGGGGCUUACAGACACCGUCAAACUUCUUAUCAAGCACUCCAGCUUGGCUACGGAUCGGGCAGAUUUUGAAGGCAGAACACCCUUAUCGCAUGCCGCAGACGAGGGCCAUUAUGAGGUGAUGCAACUGCUCUUAACGCAGGAGGAUAUUGAUGUGGAUUCUCGCGACACAGAUGGACGCCGGCGACGGAAGGUCCGCUGUAUCUUCACGCCAGGUAACUCCGAAGGGUGCGUCCACUGUGUAAGACGACGAACAAUAUGUGUCCCACAGGGCUCGGAUGAGUCCGAGCAUAGUCAUGACUCGAAUCAAACCUCUUUGGGGAUCCCACGAGGCGACCCAAUGACUGUAAGGAAUUUACCAAACGUCCAGUCGGAUGCGCCAUUUCAUGUUCUUGAAGCACUUGCGCAACUGAAAGAAAUAGUCAGGAUAUUUCUGAAGGGUGACCCACAACAUGCAAUGGGUGCGGCUGCCAACAGCGCGACUGCCAACUCAGAUACUGUGCAAAGUGGCUGUGCGCCAAUCAUGAAAUUAUUGAAUCAUGAGCUGAAGAACGUGCUGAUGUUCUAUACCGACUUUGUCUGGCGUUGCCAUCCGAGUCAGAGAUGGUCGAGAUCUUUCGCACUCGAAGUCAUUGGUGACAAACAUGGCGUGAAUCCUUUGCAUUGGGCUGGGGGCGAAGAAAGCGAUUCUGACCUACAGAGCUUCGCAAUGCGGGCGUUUCGUACUGGGCAUCCUUGCCUCCUGGCAAUAUUGCUUCUAUGUUUUGCAUUUAGCACCGGUGACUUUGGGAAGUACCUCUGUCCGGUGGAACAGCUGAUUUUACAUGAUGAUGAUCUUGCUGGUGGCAGAUACGGUCUCCAAUGCUUAAUGGCAUUGGGACUAUGCUAUAUGAGUUCACUGCAGCCUCGGCGAGCGUGGAUCGCGUACCGUAGAGCCAACACCCUGUCCCAACUUGCCGGUAUUCACCAGACGCAUAGGAAUUCGGAACUCUUAGAUUCACUUUUCUGGCAGCUGUUUAGUGCAGAUCGGUGGGUGAGCCUGAUGAUUGGACUUCCACACUCAGUUCCAAAGAACCUCUGCGACCUAUACAUCCCUACCUUGGAAGAGAGCACGCCGAUUAAGUUCCAUGCACGACAUCUGUCUGUGUUGACUGGACGGGUUAUUGAUUGCUUGCAAAUAAACAAAGAGCCAACACUUUCGGCAGUCAUUCGAACCGAUGAGCAGAUCGACGAGGUUACCUCGCAACUCCCGGCAGGAUACCUAGACAUGGAGCAGAUCUCUCUUUGCGAAGAUAUUUCUGAGAAGCAUGCACGGCUGUAUCGGCUGGCCAACAUUCAUCAGCUCAAGGCACACCUAUACUUACCAUUCUUCUUGCAGUCUUCGGCGCGCAUCGACAACAGCGUAAAGCUCUCCGGCUUUUCAGCACUUACCGCUGCGGUCAUUGUCUUCCUUCAUCUACUCGGAAGAGACACCUCGUGGGGGACAACGUCGAAACUGGACUCCAAAUGGUAUGAUCAGUCUCUCAUCAGCCGGACGCGCUCUGCUCUCAAGGAUUGCUCCGAAGACCAACCAAGCUCGCUGAGCGGUCAAUGCCAUGCAGCCUUAGAAGAGCUAGUAACCAGUUGUCAAUCCUUAGCAAAGGGGACCAGUCGACAAAUCGCUGUGCCGUAUUUUGGUAUCGUGACUGUUCAUCGCAAGUGUGAUGACGGUGUUGAAAGAGAUGAUGGGAGCUGGCAAGACAUUCCGGCCGGCUUGGACGAGUUUGGACCGGGAACUACAGGCGCAGGUCAAUAUACUGUGCCGGUUUCGUUUGAUGAUCUUUGUUCUCAUAUGUUGGUCCAGGGGUGGUUCCCAAUCCGAUUUAUUCAGGCAUGA